AUGGCGCCUUCUACUCUACCCAGUACAGCCAGCGCGCUCCUCGACCUCCCCACCGAGCUCCAACUCGACAUCAUCGAUCUAGUCGCGGACGAGGACUUCAACUUCGACGACCUGGUUCCCCUGGCUCUGUCAUGCAAACACUUCAAUGACCUCUGCGAGUUGAAAUCCCGUCGUGAAUUCCGCACAAUCACCAUUCGCGAGUUCAGGCACACGUACAGUGUUUUCGACCGGCUGCUGGACAUCCUUCGCACUCCUCGCCUGGCAGGCUACGUCCGCCGUGUCGAGCUGAACAUGCAGACCAAAGUCGGCACGCCGUUUAUCAAUGAGCCACCCACCUGGGAGCGGACGGAUUUGCCGGAUUCAGACGUUCAACUGCUCAGACGGGCUGUCAACAAGGCCGGGUUCGAAGGCCAGCAGGCGCGCGAUGUCAUGGACAUGCUCAUGCAGCGUUCUGCGUAUACGAUUAUGGGCGUCUCUAACCACACUUACCGAACUGCCUUGGAGCGCGGAAACUACAUUGGCCGUGCGAUUGGCACCAUCUUGCUCUCCGAGUGCCGAAACCUCGAAUAUGCGUGCAUUGGAGCGCCCCCCGCGUCCCACCUGGAGUUGAACGGUCAUCGCCCCCGACAGCCACACGAGUACGCCGAGAAUUUCCCUCUGAACCGGAUCAUGAAAGCCAUUCACGAGGCACCUACAACCUGCGGAUUCAUGAGCAAGGUGCGGACAAUCGAGCUGUUCAGUCGCAACGCCGAACUCUGCGCCAGACGCCGCGUCUACGACCAAAUAGACAUCAUCGGGCGUAUGGAGAUCUUCAAUGGCCUCCCCGCUCUAAAAACGAUCGUCGUCGAAGGCGCUGCCUGGAACCAAACAAUCCCCCGCUUCACCACCACCACCAACGUCGCCACAGGCAUUUCCAUCCAGGACUCCCUGCUCGGCUCCGACGUCCUAGCCGGCGUGAUCUUCUCCAUCGCAAAGCUCGAAGACUUCACAUACCACACAGGCAACCGCAUCCAGAACGAGAGCUGGUACGACGAGAACGAGCUCAACCCAUGCACCCUCUUCAAAUUCCUCCUCAGCACGCGCCACACCCUCAAGCGCCUCGACCUCAACUGCGACGCCCAGAUCCACACAAACCCCUGGAUCGACUACCGCGGCAUCCAGACCUCGCUGGGCGACUACCGCGACGAGCUGAUGCGCACAUCCGGCCCUUACCGCCGCGACAGAACGAAGCUGCGCUGGAUCUUCGCGCUGGAGGGCUGCCUUGCGGACUUCACGGCGUUAACGAAACUGACCAUCGGCGCCGACACGCUCUUCCUCUUCCUGAAAGGCUCCAACUCGCCCUUCUCCACUAUGAACGAAGAUACCCCCCCGUCGGACAUGGUUCGUGCCCUGCCGCCCAAGCUGAAGCAUCUGAAGAUCGUUGGCCGUUUCGCGCCUUUCCGAGGUAGGAAUGCGCGCGUGCACGCGAUGAUCGAGCGCAUGGCCUCCUAUUUGCGCGCGACUCGUCCCGAUAUCAUUCUUGAGGGGAUUUUCGCGCAUGUUCGGCUGCGUGGGGUGCGAGGAAUGCGCGCUUUGCCUGCGGAUGUCCGUGAGCAGAUUAUUGGGCCUUGA